AUGUUCGACUUAUCCCAAUGCUGGCUUUGCUGUAUCUCCUUUCCUUUCUUGAUAGUAUGCCCUACUUCCGGAGUCGAUGAGAGGCAUCCAAGUCCUGACGAGCGGCAUCAAGGGGCCAGCAUUAGCAACGCCAAGAUCGAAGGGUUGCGGGAAGACCUCGGUAUGACUGACGACCAGUACAACUGGUGCCUGACCGCCUUCUUCUUCCCGUAUUCCGCCUUUGAGGUCCCCAGCAAUCUCCUCCUAAAACGAUUUCGGCCGAGUCGUUGGCUGCCGUUCAUCAUGGUCUGUUGGGGAGUAGUAGUCACUUUGACGGGAUUGGUGCAAAACUACCCCGGCUUGCUGAUUGCUAGAGUAUUUCUCGGUGUAACAGAGGCUGGACUGUUCCCAGGAGUCACCGUAAGUUGCCUUGAAGCCCGGACCCUUUGA